GGAACCCGGGAGUUGGCCGUGGACGCCGGGCAGGACGGGCGCGCUGGGCAUCGACUUGGAAAAGACGAUGAUCGGGGGAGCGGCGUCGCGGAUAUCGCACAACACAGGGGCCACACGGGAAAAAGGGCUGCGGGAAAACGGAAAGACACUCACCGGCAGAUUCACUCAAUCAGCUGUUUUGAUCACAUCCGGCUGGCAUAUGGAAAAGCGACGGCCACACGAGCGGACAACAGCAGCGCAGGAAAGGACACUCCGUCCUCAUCGCAGCAGACCUCUCACUUCUACCCCGCGAAUUUGCUCAACAAAACGUUCUGGAUCCGAAAAAUUCAUGCCAACGGCUACACGGCGGAUAUAAACCCCUAA